AUGGCAAAGCUGAGCAAGAGGCUCCUCCUGGGGCAGAUUGAUAUUAAUAAUCCGGGAGUUCCAGAGUCACCGCUGUACAAAACCAGAAACAUCGAGAAUCGUUCCAUUGUUCCCUGGGACUACGAGCUCAUCAAGGACAAUGAGAGGAUCCCCUCCAAACUGCACAACGUCACCUGUUCUAACCACUGCGUGGGGUAUGAGAGAACCCUCAACGCUGUUCCAAUACAGAGACAAAUCCUGGUGCUCAGGAAAAUAAAGGGUAACUUGUACACUCUACAAACCGUGAUACUGACUGUAGGCUGCACGUGUGUCCAUCCAGAAAUCAUAGAGGUAAAGCCAUGA